AAUAAAUUUAACAUUGUACUACAGCUUACCGUAUGUGGCUUUCCAUCGUUGGACGAUUGCUCUUUUAGAUUUCGAGCCGGAUUAAUCGUUCAUUGCCUGGACAACCCGAAAACAGUUCUAAUUGAUGAAAUCCUGCGAUGGUUCAUAUAUUGUCGCGAAGCGCGUGAUUUCAGGUUGCCAACGGAACUCGCUUCACAAAACAGCUACGUUGAACUGCGAAUUCGCUCGGACGGAAAUCACGAAGCUUUUCGAGAAUACCGCAGUAAGAAGCGCUCAGUUGAUGCCAAUUUGAUUUGCUUGCAAAGAACAUUCUGUAAGCCUCAUUCUGUAAUGGUUAAUGGGCGUUUCCGAAUUCGGUUUGAGCAGUUUCUUUGCGAAAUGGAGCAGAUUGGCUUCAAUUUCCAGACCAAGAAUUUCCCUUCCCUCAACGUGAUCGGAUAUAAUGAAAUGUUGCAGUGGAUAACGCCAGCUAGAAAUCUUUGGGCUAUUGUUCGAGAAAGCCUGGAAAUCGAAGCGUUUCGUAGUCACAAAAGACGAGAUCAGGCUUUCAAGAAUAUUCAAAGGCAUAAGUUGAACAGCACACAGAUUUAUGACUUUCGACAGAAGAUAGAGGAACUUAAUGAAAAAAUCGACGGAACUAAAAUGUUUCAGAAGCUCGAGAAGAAUAUAAAUAUGAUGGCUGGAAAUAUCGCAAAGAAAGAGCUCAAUAUUUACCAACAAAUUCUGAACGAUUACGAGUCGAAGCUAACGGAAAUAGUCCACGAAAACGAGAAGAUCGAAAAUGAAAUGACCGCACUGUCCCUCAAGUUGGACGAGGAAGCAAGUGUCAUUCCGGAGUUUUAUGAUGUGAUGAUUGCAAGUAUUGAACACGAUCUACUGGAUAGUACGGAUUGCAAAGAAAAUUUAAAAUGUAGCGGAUUUUUAUUCGAUGAAACAAAUAAUUUGAACUAUCGUAUCAAAGAAAUUUUGGAUAAAAUUCAAUUAUCGAUUAACGAUAUUCUGAUUCAAAAUAAACUAAUCGACGAGUUGAAUGUUGGUAUGAGCCGAACUGAAUGUGAGAUAGAACUGACUGAGAAUUGUUUGCACCUGUGUUGCCUAACGGAGCACUCGGACGAAGAUAUCGAGGAUUAUCGAAAAUCACUUAUGGACCUAGUGGAAAAAUCAAAGUUUGCAUCAAAGCAUUACGAAGUAUCUGUGACUUCAUUAGAAUCGCUAAUUGCACGUGCUAAGAACAGUCUCAUGAUGCCAAGAAUAUCUGCACAGCGUAAUAAUAUGAUUCGGAAAGGUGCAAAACUUACCAAUGAGCUUCAUGAGACAGCUCAAGCUCUUCUUAAGUCAAGGUUAUUAACGCUUAAUCUUCGCAGGAAAUUAUCGCACAAUCGGUCUAUUAUUUUAAACAACAGUAAAUCCGUUUCCUUGUCGUAUGAAAUGAUACGUGGCGCGGCAGAAAUUUUAAAUUUCUUAAAAACGACGAACGAUCCCGAUUUGAAUUCAAACUUUGUUGGGUUUGUUUAUGAAUUUAUGAAGUUUGCUGAACCAGCCGUGAAUGCGUCGGCGAUUCCAUACUUGAUCGAUUUUCUACCAAUUGCUGUUUUCCGGAAACAAGAUUUGAUGCUGAAGCUCGUUAAGAAACUUCCCGUUACUGUUUGUUAUACUAUCCUGGCGAUAGACGCAAUUCCGAUUGAUAGUUCUUCUCCAGCUCCCGACUAUGAUGAUAACGAUUGCUGCUGUUUGGUAGAUCAUCUAAUCAACAGUCCGAUUCAACCGGUAUUGGUUCAUCUGUUGAAAUCAUACUACAUUAGCGAAGAGGCGGCUGAUGAACCUGGAACCGAGCCCGUUCGAGACAUUAAAAUUAUAUACCUGAACGACAAUGCUCUGUUUAACGAAUCCGGAUGCCUAACUAGCGGAUAUGUACCCAGUGGUGAUACGUUGGUUGAAAUGUUGAAGGAUUCCGUGAAUUUAUCACUGGAAUCGAUCGGCAUUGAACGGGACCUGGGAACGCUGAAGGAUGCUAUUGAGGAGUACGAGACUCGUAUGAGCCGUAUUCGGAUGGAGCUGGUGGCCGUUGGUGAAGACUCCUACGAAAGAUUUGAAGAACUACAUCAAUCCUAUGGCGACUGGUUCACACUUCCAGCAAACCUGCAACUGCUGAACGAUCAGCGGAAGGCUUCGAUUCGCAUUGAGUGUCAGCUGGCAUCGUGGAAUUCUUUGCACGAUUUGAUUACAAAGGUCGAAUUUCAGGAUAUCGCUAGCUAUGAACGGAUCUUAGACGAUCAGCAGGCUUCUUUAGCAGCCAUGAAGCAAAAUUUACACCGCAACGAAGUUACUUACAGCAAAAAGUUGAUCGACCUUAAGGAUGAGUUGCGAGCCUUACGCGAAUUGGUACUUCAUGCCAAAGCACUUCGUCAUUUUUCAAUGUUUCCGGAACUGAACCAGCAACUAGUACAAGUCUGGAGUAAUUUCGGGAAGGAUUUGCAUGAAAAAUUGAAUCUACUACAAAUCGAGACAGCAGAUUUGGACCGAUUCACACUUUUGAACAAACUGGACCAAUUGGAACGUGAAUCGAUUGAGUCCCAGUAUGAGUUGCUGACGUUUCACAAUCGUUUGAGGGAAAUUGACGGAUUCUAUCAGGAGUUGUGCAAUCAGCUGAAAGGGACCCAAGUGAAUGUAAAACAUCUUGAAAAGACAUCGCAAAAAGGUGAUCUCGGUCGACUUUAUCGAUACAAAAAACAACUAUAUGACAAGAAUACUCAACCAGCUUACAAGGAGUACCAAAUUGCUGGGAUGAAAUUUAAGCUACAACUUUUGUACGAAGACGAACGAUUGGCCAACGCCUACCGAACUUUACACUUAUCCAACAUGACUCUACCUUGUAUCGAAAAGUUGAUUGUCAUCAAACUCCGCAUGAUUACUCAGAUAAUGUCGGGAAUGCCGGCAUUUCUAAGGGAACCAGGAACGCUCAGAUUAAAUUUUCAGUACGAAGAUUCGGAUCCGGCCUCGGACGAUAGAUCAAAGCAUGAUAUUUUCAGCAUCAACAACACCGUGGGCCUUUCGGUAGAUUUCGUGAAUGACGAACAAACCGUCAUUGGAUCGUCCACUGAAAGUGUAUUGGCCAUGGCACAUUUGUUGUUCUUUACAAGCCUUCUCUCAGUGGAAGGCUGUAAACUUCUUCUGUUACAGGAUUGCUUGGUGGAUCUGGACGAGGAAAGUCAACAAAAAAUUAUCAUUUUGCUGGGAGUUCUUUCUCGAAACAUGCAAAUUUUCGUAAACACUAAAUCAACCCAAUAGAAUGCUGGUAUAUAUAUUUCUUAUUACUACGAUAAAUGUUUUU